AACACCAUCAUUAUACCUUUAUAUGAUUAAUAUAAUCAAUCAUUGUUUAACUUUAAAAAUGAAAUUUAUUUUAGCAAUUAUCAUCAACAUAUUGUUCAUUGUAUCGAACAUCAACAACAUUUUCAUCGAUGCAAAACAUUGUCCAGAUUUGAUAAAAACUUUUGAACAGUUCAAAGAAAUUUUCAAUAAACAUUAUGAAAGUAUUGAAGCGGAAAAUGUUGCCCGAAUAAAUUUCGAAAAAUCAUUACGUUAUGUUGAAGCUAAUCAAGAUAUGGCUUCCAUUAAUCACUUUGCCGAUUUGUCAAAUGAAGAAUUUCGUAAUAAAUAUCUGAUCAAAUAUGAUGAUUUUGUUAUGGAUGCCAAUAUGCCUAAAUAUGUUGAUCCAAAAAAUUUAACACAUUGUAAUGAAUUUUUACCAAAAAAUUUUCCCAAAGAAUUUGAUCUAAGAAAAUUGAAAACAUUAUCGAAAAUUUAUCAACAAGGUGGAUGUAGUUCAUGUUGGGCAUUUGCAGCAUUAGCAGCUGUUGAAUCGGCUUAUUUAGCUUCUGGACAAAAUAUAACAGAAUUAUCUAUACAAGAAUUAAUUGAUUGUCAAACUGAAAAUGAUGGUUGUAAUGGUGGUUAUAUAUUUUCAGCUUUAGAUUAUGUAUUAAAACAUGGUGUUUUAACUGAUAAAUCUUAUCCAUAUGAAAAAAUUACACAAAAAUGUGAAUUGCCAAAAAUAGGCAAACGAUAUCAUAUAAAAAAUUGGUGUCUUAUUUACAAUGGUAAUCAUACUGAAGAAAUUAAACAAGCAUUGGUCAAUUAUCGAACAGCAAUUCCGGUACAGAUUAUUAUCAAAAAUAGUCAACCUUUUUUUCUUUACAAUGGAAAAUCAAUAUUACGUGAAGAUUUAGGACAAGAAUUAAAUGUUCAUGAAGUAAAUAUUGUUGGUUGGGGAUUAGAUAACAAUGGUAUUGAAUAUUGGAUUAUGCGUAAUAGUUGGGGUACAGGUUGGGGUGAUAAUGGUUAUGGUUAUAUUGAAAUGAAUAAAAAUCUUUUUGGUAUUGAAAGUUUUCCACAUGUUGUCACUAUUUAGUUGAUUAAAAAUUUAUUUAUUUUUUCUCAAAAA